GCGGAGCGACGAAGCAGAGCAGACCAGCGCAGAGAGAUAAACCCUCUCUGAACCCACCGGGCAGCGGAUAGAAAAAAACACCGAGACGGAGAAGACCACCGUCCUGCUUUCACCGAGCCUUGCUUCUAUUUCACCGCGUUUUCACAGAGAGGGAGGCCAGGAUGAACGGCGAUUCAGGUGCUGGAGUGGUGACGGCCCCCCCUCCCACCACUGCCCCCCACAAGGAGCGGUACUUUGACCGGGUGGACGAGAGCAGCCCGGAGUACCAGAGGGAGAGGAACAUGGCGCCCGACCUCCGGCAGGACUUUAACAUGAUGGAGCAGAGGAAGAGGGUCUCCAUGAUACUGCAGAGCCCAGCAUUCUGCGAGGAGCUGGAGACAAUGAUCCAGGACCAGCUGAAAAAGGGGAAGACGCCAACUAGCCUUUUGGCUCUGCAGCAGAUCGCAGACUUCAUGACCACCAGCAUGCCUUCCAUGUAUCCCGCUGCACCUCAAGGAGGCAUGGCAGCGCUCAACAUGAGUUUGGGUAUGGUGACUCCCGUGAACGAUCUGCGAGGCUCAGACUCUAUCUCCUAUGAGAAAGGAGAGAAGCUACUUCGCUGCAAGCUGGCCGCCUUUUAUCGGCUUGCUGACCUGUUUAGCUGGUCCGAGCUCAUCUACAACCACCUCACAGUCAGGGUGAAUUCAGAUGAGGAGCGUUUCCUUAUUGUCCCUUUUGGGCUCCUGUUCAGUGAAGUCACUGCCUCCAGUCUGGUGAAGAUAAACAUUCAAGGGGAGGUAGUCGAUCGGGGAAGCACUAACCUUGGAGUCAACCAGGCCGGCUUCACUCUCCACUCUUCCAUCUAUACCUCACGGCCCGAUGUGAAAUGUAUCGUUCAUAUACACACAGCUGCAGGUGCUGCGGUGUCAGCCAUGAAAUGCGGCCUGUUGCCCCUCUCACCUGAGGCGCUGUCUUUGGGCGAGGUGGCCUACCAUGACUACCACGGUAUACUGGUGGAUAAGGAAGAGAGUGAGCUUAUACAGAGAAACCUAGGCCCUACGAGCAAGGUGCUCGUCCUGAGGAACCACGGAUUGGUGACCGUGGGUGAAACAGUAGAGGAAGCUUUCUUUUACAUGCACAACUUGGUCGCUGCCUGUGAAAUCCAGGUGCGAACACUGGCCAGCGCUGGAGGGCCAGACAAUCUGGUGAUGCUGGACCCGGGGAAAUAUAAGUCACGUUCAAAGGUCCCUGAGCCGGUCGGCGACGGGUCCCCUUCAAACCCCAAGUGGCAAGUCGGGGAGCAGGAGUUUGAGGCGUUUAUGAGAAUGCUCGACAAUUUGGGCUACAGGACGGGCUAUCCUUACCGCUGCCCGGCACUGCGGGACAGAGGUAAAAAGUACAGUGACGUGGAGAACACUUCCUCUGUCCAUGGUGGUUACUCAUACGGGGAGGACAGCGACUCAGGCGCUCGCUCCCCGCUGAAACACAGCUUCCAGCGCGGCCAGCGUGACAAGACCCGCUGGCUCAAUGCCGGUGGCCGGCCCGAUGAGCCCUGCGAGGAUGGGCCGGACGCCAGCAGCCCCAAGUCGAAGCCUAAGGUGUGGACGAACAUAACACACGAUCACGUCAAACCCUUGCUGCAGUCUCUCUCGUCCGGUGUCUGCGUGCCAAGCUGUAUAACCAACUGCUUGUGGUCAAAGGAAGACGGCCUCCGCCAGGGUGCCGCAGCCAAUCAGUUUAUCCCGUUGAACACCAACCCAAAGGACGUCCUGGAAAUGCGGAAUAAGAUCCGGGAGCAGAACCUGCAGGACAUUAAGACCGCAGGACCCCAGUCUCAGGUUCUCUGUGCCAGCAGCGUCGGGGAUCGCACCUUCACCCAGGACGCCCCUCUGUCUGACUGUACUGAUACUAUUGAUGGCCUUGAUGUGUCCGAGGGGUCCUAUAGUCCUGCUAAAUCAAUUAGAAAGGGGGAGCUUGUGACGGCGUCCAAGGCCAUCAUCGAAAAGGAGUACCAGCCCAGGGUCAUCGUCAGCAAGCAGGGUCCCAACCCCUUCACCAAACUCACCGACCGUGAGAUGGACGAGUACCGCAGGGAAGUGGAACAGAAUCAGAAAGGGCCUGAAGUGCAGGGACAAGACGCUAGUAGGGAGGGAUCAGCCUACGGCGCAUCCUGUCCUGAAGCUGAGACACCCCAGAGAGGUCAAGCCUCCGUCUCCAAACCUCUACAGUCGGGAACUUGCUCGCUCAGCUUAGAGAAAGCCCCGCCUACGGCACCUGUAGCUGCUACCCCGGCCUCUGAGCAGACUUCUUUUUCCCUCGGCCUCUCCAGCGGGGCUGGGGUGACACGGGAUGGCACUUCUUCCGCAGGGACGCUAGCAGAUGAUGUUUUUUCGGCUCCAGAUUCCCCACAUAAGGAGUUCCACUGCGCUGUGCUGCGAGCCCUCAGCAAGGAGCCGUCAGUGGUAGAGGCAGCUAAGGCGGAUCAGGCUCCAGAAGCAGACCCAGAGCCACUAGCUGAACCUGUGGAGGAGCCUAAAGGCCAGAAAACCACCUCCACACCCCCCAGCACCCCAGUCAGAGCAGAUGAAGACUCCUUGCCUGACCAAACCUAUAAAGACGAGAGCGAUGCAGCCACCCUGAGACAGACCCUUCCAGAUUUGACGCCCGACGACCCCUCCGACGCCCCAGCGCUUCCUGCCGAAGACCUCGCCUCCGCCCCUGCCACCGCAGACGCGGACGCAGCCGAGGGCGAGGAAGCCGCGGAUGCCGGCGACCAGGAGGGCGACGAGUCUCCCAGCAAAUCACCCUCCAAAAAGAAAAAGAAGUUCCGCACUCCUUCCUUCCUAAAGAAAAACAAAAAAAAGACAGAGUCCUAGAUUGGGGAGCGUUGGCGCAGUCCUCAAGGCUGACCGCUUCUCAUUUCUGCUUUUUGUCCACCAUGGUAUCACCCUUCCAGUAAGCCACAGUUACACACAGUUACGCUUUUUGCUGUUUCGAUAUCAUUUUUGUCGCUGGCUUAUUAACCUAUUUUUCCUCGUUAGCGCGUGCCAAUUUUGUAUACAGUGUAAAAAUGAUUGCAUAAAGGUUUUUAAUUAUUAGAAGCUAUUAGGUGUGAGAAAUGCAUUCAGUCUUCAGUCUGGCCUUUCACGCAUGUCUCUUACUACAGGCCCACAGACUUGAUGUGAGGUUUCAGGGUUUUAUCACCCUCAUAUUUUUUUUAUUUUUUUUUUUUUUUAAGAAAAGCUGAGAAUUACUAAACUGUUGUAACCACUAGAAUGUAUUGGGAUUGUAUCAAAAAUGUCUAAGUGUCUUUAAAAUACACUGAAAGAGAAGCUUGUACCCUCUCAUGUAACUGGAGGUUAAUGCUGAAGGAGAGAACUCCAAAUUGCAUUGUGCUAAUUUAACCUCUGAAGCUGUGCAUUCAUUUUAAUCACGUGUUAGCAGGAAACUCAGUUGAGAUAUUUUCUGUGGAUCAUUUAGCCAUGGAAAAUGAAAUCACACAUAAUCCAUAUUAACGUCUUCAUAAUCCAAUAUUUGAUCUGCAUUCCAGCUGAGUCACAUCAGAUGUUUGUCGAAUAAGUAAAAAUCUUUUUUCAAAAACGUUUCAGCACAGAAGAGGCAUCUUAUAUAGGUCUGUAGAUGAUGUGGAUUAUUUCAAUAACCAACUUCAUUAUAAACCCAUAUCUGCAGUGUGAAUGAUGCCUGUAGGUGUAAGAGAGCGCUGUGCUUGUCGAUUAUUCACAGGGGUUGAUGUAUUUGCUUCUGGCUUUUAAGUCUUUAGUAUGAAGGAAUGUGUAAAGAAAAUCUUAGUUUUUUUUAUUGCUAUAAAUGGUUCUUUGUUUUCAAUUGACCCCCUGAUUUCACUCUGUUUCUGUGAAAGGCAGAAAAAGACAGAUAUGCUUUGUAUUGUGUGAGAAUACGUGUUAGUUUGUUCUCGAGUCCAUCCUUCUGUUUUUCUUUAUUUUAAUCCUCUCGCCCUUUUUCUCAGAAAGUAGAUUGAGCCAUAACGACUUGCUGCGAGAGAGCACUGUGAGCCUGCUCAUUCAUAAACCACUGUCGCACAGAUAAUCACACUCCAUCACAGACGUAGAUACAGAUGUGGGGGAGCAUAGAAAUGACAAUGUCGCCGUUUACGAAGCUGCAUGAUUAAUCCUACUUCAAAACUGGACUUUCCUGUGUGCAGCUCGACUCUGAGCAAACCCACUUUGUCACUGAUAACCUGUGUGUUUCCAGUUGCAGUAAACGCACACUGGCACACAAGCAGCUCACAUUUUUAUUUUCUCACAGAUAAUCAUUAGUGUGACUGCAGUUGAGUUGUACUUGAGGUUACAGGGCAUUAAUACCGAGGCCACCUCUGUGCAUUGCUUCAUAACCCUGUGUAUUCAUCCUGUGUUAGAGAAUGGUUAGUCAUGAGUCAGUCUAACUCAUGGUGAAUUGAAAGACAACACUGACAGGAAACUUCACCUACUCUGUGGUGAUUAUAGACCUCAGUGUUUGGUCACUGCAGGUGUUAUACCUACAGAGCUACAUAUAAGCUGAGAGCUCCGGAAGGACUGCAUGUGUAGAGCCUUUAGAGCGUGAACUGUCCUGACUAAUGACCCCUUUUAACUGAUUUCUAUUUAAUUUGAGCUUUCGUGUGCUGAUGAUUAGAGUAAAGUCCUUGUAUUCAUAGUUUUCAUCUGAGUAAACCACACGUUUAUUUUAUUUUACCCCUCAGAUAUGCUGAUUUGUGUUCUGACGGAAUUACUUCCAAUUUAAAUGUCUCAUCAUUAAACAUCUACAGACUUAAAACUUCCACUUCUCUUUUGGUUCUGUCUGUUUUACAACCAUGAAUAAAAAACACUUCAUUAUC